AGCGAGUGCUGCUACACUGUACUCUGCUUCGCUGAUCAGCGCUUCGCUUCGAGACAAACUUGCGCUGUUUAACACUUGUCAACAAUCUUACUGAACGUCUCUGUGUUAGCUUUUGUAUAAGAAGUCAUUUUACACUUAAAACGGAUAGUUUUUAGUGCUGUUCGGCGUCUUUUAGAGUGUCUUUCGAGGUUGUUAGCCGAUUAGCUCUUUUGAAGAUGGCAGAUCCGUGGAAUCGAGGACAUGGUGCUGUGGAUGACAUGCUGGAUGCUGAAAACAGGCUGAUGGCAGAAAAUCUGGCCAGUAAAGUCUCUAGACUUAAAUCUCUGGCGUAUGACAUUGACAAAGAUGCUGAGGAGCAGAACACUUACUUGGAUGGCAUGGACUCCAACUUUCUCAGUGCAACUGGCCUGUUGACUGGCAGCGUGAAGAGGUUUUCCACAAUGGUCCGAUCCGGCCGAGACAACAGAAAGAUCUUGUGUUACAUGUCCGCCGGUUUGGUUGUGGUCUUCUUCCUGCUGUACUAUCUAGUGUCGCGGCUCCAGAACUGAUGGGACGUGUGCUAAUAUUGUAGAACACUUUCUCAGUUCUAUGAGAAUAUUUGGGAUGCUCUGUUUGGUCCUCUCUUGAGGAGAUUACAGUGAAGUGUACAGCGGAUGUCUUUCCAUUAACAGAGAUGAGGAAUGACUUUGGCGUGAGGAGGAUUUAUCACAUUUAACUUUAUUUAAGCACACCCUUUGUUUACACUAUCAAAUGUGGUCAAUGUCUAUUUUUAUUCAUAAUAGAAAGAAGCAUGUCAUGGACCAAUAUUUGCUGUUUUAUUUCAAAUUAAUUAAAAGCAUAUUUUUUCAAUUUCCAUUAUUUUUAUAUUUUUAACAUCGUAGAUUGUGUAAGAAAAUUUAACUAACGAUUUUUUUGAUAAUUAUGUAGAUUAAAAUGAUUUGAAUGCUAAACAUGAUAUUCAUUUAAAACUGUUUUAGAUAAAGCUGAUGCCCAAAAUCACAAUUUUUGUAAAUGAAAUAAUUUACUAUAAUCUCCUGCCA